GCAGGAUAGGAUCCAACCACGUUAUUGAUCUGUAUGAUCCCCAAUGGUAUUGAGGCGAAGAAACACGAUUGUUUGAUCAUAGAAGAUCGCAGCAUCGCUGCCAUCGGUUAAAAGUGAUAAUCAUAGUGCUGUAUCUUCGGUCAUCAAUAGUGAUAGUCGUCGUCGGUAGCUUCUUCCAGUUCGUGUGACUAUAUGUUGGUAACUUCUUCCAGUUCGUGUGACUGACUAUCUGUGUGCUGCUGUAUUCACAUGCUGUGGACUUCGGUUUGCGCCUUUACGUUCUCUUCCUCUAACAAAACCCGCGUCGUCCCGCUUGAGUAAACCCUGGCCAGACCACUUGAAUAGACCUUGGCCAGACCACUGGAGUAAACCCUUGUGAAAAAAAACUAGCUAGCCAUUAGUAUGAGCAGUACGUGUGACAAGAAGACAGAGUUCUCCCGUAGACGACUACAGGUUUUUCAUUUAGUGAAUUCGAUAGUCUUUAAGAGGUAUUCUCUAACUCUAUAGAUUUGUCCGCUGUUCUCAGAACUGUGACUUCCCCUUUCACAAUCACUGUGAUUUGCAUAGGCGCUUUCGUAAAUCAGGUAGACAAAAAAAAACUUUUAUUGCCAAGUGCACUGAAACAGCAACGAAGAUGGUGCUUUCGUCUACUUCUCUGAAGUUGGGGGCUAUUGUAACAUCAGUCGUAGUGGCCAACAAACGCGGGUUUCUGCGAGGCAGUGACAAUGCCUCCGUCCUUGAAGCGGAGGCGGGACUGGGCACCGUGCAGUGCGCGGACUUUCCGGACUUCACACUGAAGAAGGCGUGUGGCGCGGCAGACGUCAAGGGGAAGACCAUCUCCCUGAAGGAAGUCCUGAAAUGGGGCAAAGAACACAAGAAGGAAAUGAACGAAUGGGCGAAGCAGCCCGAAGUGAGAAAAUUGGAACCAGGGCUCACUGCGGAGAUGGAGACGGUGCAGGUGCAGCCUAAGGCGGAAUCAAAUGACGAGAACGAGAGGGACAAGCAUCAGCAGAGGAUGGAGGCCAUGAUGGGUCAAGUGCUGACGAUCUCUGCGCAUCCGGAUGCUUUGAUCGGGUCAUGCUGCCCUUCCUCGUGUUGUUGAGCAGGAGGUACAUUCAUUUCAUUGUUUGACAUCCACUGCAUUGUUCGACAUCCACUUCAUUGUUCCAAUAUUAUUCAUUUGCGACUUUUCUGUUCCAAUAUUUUUUUUUCGUUUCUCACUUUCUUUGGACAUACGUCCAUUACUGGAACAAAAACAUCAAACGAAAAAUCUUUUCAGGUUUACUCUCGCAGAUGGAGGGCCCCUUAAAUUCACUGUGCUGCUUCAAUCUGUUCCGGCGUAAAAACAGACGGGAGAGCCAGUGAAACGCUUCCGGAAGCUUCCUAGUUUCUACAGACUUCCACUGCGUUAGAAGUAACGACGUACACUAUUAGAGAGUCGCUUCCAGUGAUUCAUUGUAAUUCCUGGCUUCUCGGUGGAUCGAAGCUGGGAAAGAUAUAGUUAUCAUUGACAACGAAGAAACGUCGAAAAUCAUGCUUGACAAAAGAACGGGGACGGUCUAGACCGAAGAUACUGAUGAUGCAAGAUGAUAUUUGUAUGACAUUUAUUUCCAACAUUGAUACCGAGGACCGACAAUCAAAUAAUAUUCGUAAAAACAUAUCAACGCCAUCCGACUGUGUACAUCAUCAACAUGAUCAUGAACAUUUCGCAUUUUUCUUGGUAGCACAAUAUUUUACCAACAUGAAGAAAAUUUGCUCUACAUAAUACAGCUCGUAAUCUAAAUACAGCCGUAGCGCCGACCACUACUCAACUCGUACUGAAGAGAAGUUUUAAGAAAGCGAAAAAGCGACUCACAACUGACUCCACAUGCAUUAUGGAUCAACAUAACUGAGUUGUAUGCAUAUGGCUGCUUCAUUUCUGACAACUUGUAACUGGGGACAAAACGUCAAGGGAAGAAUCCAAGAUGAAGACAUCGACCCUACUGCGGUCCACGAAAAAUCAUCUUUGAUAAGAGUGAUCAUUUGCACUGUGAUUCAAGCGUGUGUCCGACCCAAAAAACUCCUCGAUAAAUGACCGAGUGCAGAAUUUUCGUCCUAGAUCUGCAGGAUAGGAACCAGCCACGUUAUUGAUCUGUAUGAUCCCCAAUGGCAUUGAGGCGAAGAAACAUGAUUGUUUGAUCAUAGAAGAUCGCAGCAUCGCUGCCAUCGGUUAAAAGUGAUAAUCAUAGUGCUGUAUCUUCGGUCAUCAAUAGUGAUAGUCGUCGUCGGUAGCUUCUUCCAGUUCGUGUGACUAUAUGUUGGUAACUUCUUCCAGUUCGUGUGACGGACUAUCUGUGUGCUGCUGUAUUCACAUGCUGUGGACUUCGGUUUGCGCCUUUACGUUCUCUUCCUCUAACAAAACCCGCGUCGUCCCGCUUGAGUAAACCCUGGCCAGACCACUUGAAUAGACCUUGGCCAGACCACUGGAGUAAACCCUUGUGAAAAAAUACUAGCUAGCCAUUAGUAUGAGCAGUACGUGUGACAAGAAGACAGAGUUCUCCCGUAGACGACUACAGGUUUUUCAUUUAGUGAAUUCGAUAGUCUUUAAGAGGUAUUCUCUAACUCUAUAGAUUUGUCCGCUGUUCUCAGAACUGUGACUUCCCCUUUCACAAUCACUGUGAUUUGCAUAGGCGCUUUCGUAAAUCAGGUAGACAAAAAAAAACUUUUAUUGCCAAGUGCACUGAAACAGCAACGAAGAUGGUGCUUUCGUCUACUUCUCUGAAGUUGGGGGCUAUUGUAACAUCAGUCGUAGUGGCCAACAAACGCGGGUUUCUGCGAGGCAGUGACAAUGCCUCCGUCCUUGAAGCGGAGGCGGGACUGGGCACCGUGCAGUGCGCGGACUUUCCGGACUUCACACUGAAGAAGGCGUGUGGCGCGGCAGACGUCAAGGGGAAGACCAUCUCCCUGAAGGAAGUCCUGAAAUGGGGCAAAGAACACAAGAAGGAAAUGAACGAAUGGGCGAAGCAGCCCGAAGUGAGAAAAUUGGAACCAGGGCUCACUGCGGAGAUGGAGACGGUGCAGGUGCAGCCUAAGGCGGAAUCAAAUGACGAGAACGAGAGGGACAAGCAUCAGCAGAGGAUGGAGGCCAUGAUGGGUCAAGUGCUGACGAUCUCUGCGCAUCCGGAUGCUUUGAUCGGGUCAUGCUGCCCUUCCUCGUGUUGUUGAGCAGGAGGUACAUUCAUUUCAUUGUUUGACAUCCACUGCAUUGUUCGACAUCCACUUCAUUGUUCCAAUAUUAUUCAUUUGCGACUUUUCUGUUCCAAUAUUUUUUUUUCGUUUCUCACUUUCUUUGGACAUACGUCCAUUACUGGAACAAAAACAUCAAACGAAAAAUCUUUUCAGGUUUACUCUCGCAGAUGGAGGGCCCCUUAAAUUCACUGUGCUGCUUCAAUCUGUUCCGGCGUAAAAACAGACGGGAGAGCCAGUGAAACGCUUCCGGAAGCUUCCUAGUUUCUACAGACUUCCACUGCGUUAGAAGUAACGACGUACACUAUUAGAGAGUCGCUUCCAGUGAUUCAUUGUAAUUCCUGGCUUCUCGGUGGAUCGAAGCUGGGAAAGAUAUAGUUAUCAUUGACAACGAAGAAACGUCGAAAAUCAUGCUUGACAAAAGAACGGGGACGGUCUAGACCGAAGAUACUGAUGAUGCAAGAUGAUAUUUGUAUGACAUUUAUUUCCAACAUUGAUACCGAGGACCGACAAUCAAAUAAUAUUCGUAAAAACAUAUCAACGCCAUCCGACUGUGUACAUCAUCAACAUGAUCAUGAACAUUUCGCAUUUUUCUUGGUAGCACAAUAUUUUACCAACAUGAAGAAAAUUUGCUCUACAUAAUACAGCUCGUAAUCUAAAUACAGCCGUAGCGCCGACCACUACUCAACUCGUACUGAAGAGAAGUUUUAAGAAAGCGAAAAAGCGACUCACAACUGACUCCACAUGCAUUAUGGAUCAACAUAACUGAGUUGUAUGCAUAUGGCUGCUUCAUUUCUGACAACUUGUAACUGGGGACAAAACGUCAAGGGAAGAAUCCAAGAUGAAGACAUCGACCCUACUGCGGUCCACGAAAAAUCAUCUUUGAUAAGAGUGAUCAUUUGCACUGUGAUUCAAGCGUGUGUCCGACCCAAAAAACUCCUCGAUAAAUGACCGAGUGCAGAAUUUUCGUCCUAGAUCUGCAGGAUAGGAACCAGCCACGUUAUUGAUCUGUAUGAUCCCCAAUGGCAUUGAGGCGAAGAAACAUGAUUGUUUGAUCAUAGAAGAUCGCAGCAUCGCUGCCAUCGGUUAAAAGUGAUAAUCAUAGUGCUGUAUCUUCGGUCAUCAAUAGUGAUAGUCGUCGUCGGUAGCUUCUUCCAGUUCGUGUGACUAUAUGUUGGUAACUUCUUCCAGUUCGUGUGACGGACUAUCUGUGUGCUGCUGUAUUCACAUGCUGUGGACUUCGGUUUGCGCCUUUACGUUCUCUUCCUCUAACAAAACCCGCGUCGUCCCGCUUGAGUAAACCCUGGCCAGACCACUUGAAUAGACCUUGGCCAGACCACUGGAGUAAACCCUUGUGAAAAAAUACUAGCUAGCCAUUAGUAUGAGCAGUACGUGUGACAAGAAGACAGAGUUCUCCCGUAGACGACUACAGGUUUUUCAUUUAGUGAAUUCGAUAGUCUUUAAGAGGUAUUCUCUAACUCUAUAGAUUUGUCCGCUGUUCUCAGAACUGUGACUUCCCCUUUCACAAUCACUGUGAUUUGCAUAGGCGCUUUCGUAAAUCAGGUAGACAAAAAAAAACUUUUAUUGCCAAGUGCACUGAAACAGCAACGAAGAUGGUGCUUUCGUCUACUUCUCUGAAGUUGGGGGCUAUUGUAACAUCAGUCGUAGUGGCCAACAAACGCGGGUUUCUGCGAGGCAGUGACAAUGCCUCCGUCCUUGAAGCGGAGGCGGGACUGGGCACCGUGCAGUGCGCGGACUUUCCGGACUUCACACUGAAGAAGGCGUGUGGCGCGGCAGACGUCAAGGGGAAGACCAUCUCCCUGAAGGAAGUCCUGAAAUGGGGCAAAGAACACAAGAAGGAAAUGAACGAAUGGGCGAAGCAGCCCGAAGUGAGAAAAUUGGAACCAGGGCUCACUGCGGAGAUGGAGACGGUGCAGGUGCAGCCUAAGGCGGAAUCAAAUGACGAGAACGAGAGGGACAAGCAUCAGCAGAGGAUGGAGGCCAUGAUGGGUCAAGUGCUGACGAUCUCUGCGCAUCCGGAUGCUUUGAUCGGGUCAUGCUGCCCUUCCUCGUGUUGUUGAGCAGGAGGUACAUUCAUUUCAUUGUUUGACAUCCACUGCAUUGUUCGACAUCCACUUCAUUGUUCCAAUAUUAUUCAUUUGCGACUUUUCUGUUCCAAUAUUUUUUUUUCGUUUCUCACUUUCUUUGGACAUACGUCCAUUACUGGAACAAAAACAUCAAACGAAAAAUCUUUUCAGGUUUACUCUCGCAGAUGGAGGGCCCCUUAAAUUCACUGUGCUGCUUCAAUCUGUUCCGGCGUAAAAACAGACGGGAGAGCCAGUGAAACGCUUCCGGAAGCUUCCUAGUUUCUACAGACUUCCACUGCGUUAGAAGUAACGACGUACACUAUUAGAGAGUCGCUUCCAGUGAUUCAUUGUAAUUCCUGGCUUCUCGGUGGAUCGAAGCUGGGAAAGAUAUAGUUAUCAUUGACAACGAAGAAACGUCGAAAAUCAUGCUUGACAAAAGAACGGGGACGGUCUAGACCGAAGAUACUGAUGAUGCAAGAUGAUAUUUGUAUGACAUUUAUUUCCAACAUUGAUACCGAGGACCGACAAUCAAAUAAUAUUCGUAAAAACAUAUCAACGCCAUCCGACUGUGUACAUCAUCAACAUGAUCAUGAACAUUUCGCAUUUUUCUUGGUAGCACAAUAUUUUACCAACAUGAAGAAAAUUUGCUCUACAUAAUACAGCUCGUAAUCUAAAUACAGCCGUAGCGCCGACCACUACUCAACUCGUACUGAAGAGAAGUUUUAAGAAAGCGAAAAAGCGACUCACAACUGACUCCACAUGCAUUAUGGAUCAACAUAACUGAGUUGUAUGCAUAUGGCUGCUUCAUUUCUGACAACUUGUAACUGGGGACAAAACGUCAAGGGAAGAAUCCAAGAUGAAGACAUCGACCCUACUGCGGUCCACGAAAAAUCAUCUUUGAUAAGAGUGAUCAUUUGCACUGUGAUUCAAGCGUGUGUCCGACCCAAAAAACUCCUCGAUAAAUGACCGAGUGCAGAAUUUUCGUCCUAGAUCUGCAGGAUAGGAACCAGCCACGUUAUUGAUCUGUAUGAUCCCCAAUGGCAUUGAGGCGAAGAAACAUGAUUGUUUGAUCAUAGAAGAUCGCAGCAUCGCUGCCAUCGGUUAAAAGUGAUAAUCAUAGUGCUGUAUCUUCGGUCAUCAAUAGUGAUAGUCGUCGUCGGUAGCUUCUUCCAGUUCGUGUGACUAUAUGUUGGUAACUUCUUCCAGUUCGUGUGACGGACUAUCUGUGUGCUGCUGUAUUCACAUGCUGUGGACUUCGGUUUGCGCCUUUACGUUCUCUUCCUCUAACAAAACCCGCGUCGUCCCGCUUGAGUAAACCCUGGCCAGACCACUUGAAUAGACCUUGGCCAGACCACUGGAGUAAACCCUUGUGAAAAAAUACUAGCUAGCCAUUAGUAUGAGCAGUACGUGUGACAAGAAGACAGAGUUCUCCCGUAGACGACUACAGGUUUUUCAUUUAGUGAAUUCGAUAGUCUUUAAGAGAUAUUCUCUAACUCUAUAGGUUUGCCCGCCGUUCUCAGAACUGUGACUUCCCUUUUCACAAUCACUGUGAUUUACAUAGGCGCUUUCGUAAAUCAGGUAGACAAAAAGAAACUUUUAUUUCCAAGUACACUGAAACCGAAACGAAGAUGGUGCUUUCGUCUACUUCUCUAAAGUUGGGGGCUGUUGUAACAUCAGUCGUAGUGGCUAACAAACGCGGGAGUCUGCGAGGCAGUAACAAGGCCUCCUUCCUUGAAGCAGAGGCGGGACUGGGUACCUUGCAGUGCGCGGACUUUCCGGACUUCACACUGAAGAAGGCGUGUGGCGCGGCAGACGUCAAGGGGAAGACCAUCUCCCUGAUGGAAGUUUGGAAAUGGCGCAAUGCUCACACGAAGGAAUCGCAAGAAUGGGAGCAGCAGCCCGCAGUAGUGAAUAAAUUGGUACAAGGUCAUGUUGUGGCGGAAAUCGAGAAGCUGGGGCCGGUGCUGGCUAUGGCGGAAUCAAAUGACGAGAACGAGAGGAAAAAGCAUGAGGAGAGGAUGUUUGCUCUGACGAACCAAAUGGUGACGAUCACUGCACAUCCGGAUGCUUUGAUCGGGUCAUGCUGCCCUUCCAAGGCUGCAGAAAGGUUCGAUGCCAAUACUGCAGAAAAGUCCGAUGCCAAUACUGCAGAAAGGUCCGGUGCCAAGGCUGCAGAAAAGAUCGGUGCCAAGGCUGCAGAAAAGUCCGGUGCCAAUGCUGCAGAAAAGUCCGAUGCCAAGUCAUCGUCGUGUUGUUGAGCAGGAGGUACAUCCACUUCAUUGUUCGACAUCCACUUCAUUGUUCGACAUCCACUUCAUUGUUCCAACAUUAUUCAUUUGCGACUUUUCUGUUCCAAUAUUUUUUUUCGUUUCUCACUUUCGGUGGACAUACGUCCAUUACUGGAGCAAAAACAUCAAACGAAAAAUCUUUUCAGGUUUACUCUCGCAGAUGGAGGGUUCCCUAAAUUCACUGUGCUGCUUCAAUCCGUUCCGGAGUAAAAACAGACGGGAGAGCCAGUGAAACGCUUCCGGAAGCUUCCUAGUUUCUAGAGACUUCCACUGCGUUAGAAGUAACGACGUACACUAUUACAGAGUCGCUUUCAGUAAUUCAUUGUAAUUCCUGGCUUCUCGGUGGAUCGAAGCUGGGAAUGAUAUAGUUAUCAUGGACAACGAAGAAACGUCGAAAAUCAUGCUUGACAAAAGAACGGGGACGGUCUACAUCGAAGAUACUGAUGAUGCAAGAUAAUAUAUGUAUGACAUUGAUUUUGUUUUUACUGAUGCAAAAAAGUUAAUUGUUUGUAUGGAUGCAUACGGUCCCUCCGCGCAACAAAGACGUAGUAUUUCCAGAAGUAGCUCGUAAAAUGCCUUCUGAAAAUCAUUCAUGUUGAAGCAAGAGGGAGAUCUCUUCGUCCACUGAUUUAUGAUCAUCUACUAACUUCAAACCGAACGUAUUCUCUUCAUUAGCACGAUUGAUCAACCCGUUUUUCAUUCUACGAGCCUAUAAUUCACUGUGCAGGCUUUCAUCAAUUUUGUCAAAGGUUGUUUAGCUUAUCGAUUCCCAACGUAGAUCAUGAACAGUGCCAUGAGCAGUGCUAUCAGUAUCGUCCUGAAAGAACAAGAUGAUGCGUCGAAUCCCACAUCAUAAAAAUUCUUCUCACGGUUUUUGUUUCGUAUCAUGAUAGCCACGUCAUGGCUUGCAGUGAAUAGGGGCAGAAUUGGCCUUGGAAACAAGAACAACUGCGUCGCCUUUCAGAAAAAUCAGAUUCAUCUGGAG